GAAUCCGACAUACUGUGCCUCAGUCGUACUGGGGGUCGUCACGAAAGGUUGAUUGCCGCCGGCAAUUACCGGAGACGGUUUAAUCGUUCACUGCAUCAGCAACGUCAGCUUCAGUGUGAACAUACUAGAAUAACACUAUGGCUUGGCAGGUCAGAAUGUCCAACUCACGGGGCAAGCCCUACUUCUUCGAUGCGGAAACCCAACAAUCGUCGUGGGAUCCGCCUGCUGGCCUUACACAGGAGCAAAUUCAGCAGCUCCCGGGCGCUAAGCUAUCUCACCCAAGAUAAUGUCAGUGACAGAGUCAGAGCUAGCCACUUGCUGGUGAAGCACAGCGGUAGCAGGCGUCCAUCCAGCUGGAAGGAAGCGAACAUAACGCGCUCAAAAGAAGAGGCGAUUGAAAUCCUGAAGACGUAUCAGGACGUCAUUGGCGAUUCUGCAGACAAGUUUGCACAGCUUGCGACAAAACAUUCCGACUGUUCCUCUCAUGAGAAGGGCGGUGACCUUGGAUACUUUGGGCGCGGUCAGAUGCAGAAGCCGUUCGAGGAUACUGCCUUUAGUCUCAAGGUUGGAGAGAUCAGUGAUAUUAUCAGCACGGACAGUGGCGUCCAUUUGGUGCUGAGAACUGCAUAGGGCGACGCUAGGGACGGAAGUCAAGGAAGAACAAAUUGUACAAUAUUUUACGGAGAGCAAAGAAUAACUUAACAUAUGGUCCGUUCUUCUAUAGACUGCCUAAGCUUUCCUUACGGGAGCUGCAGUACUUUUUCUCAUUCUCUAUCGUUCUAUUUCCUUCUCGCUUCUGAUAUCAAAGGCCACAAUAGUAAGACUUACUCCGGUCAACUACCGUACAAAGAGUGUCUGGUUUAAGGAUGUCUUUGUGUAUGUCUUACCCGACGACUAAUAAAACCUACUUCCUUCCUU